CGAGUCCGCCACCGCCGCCGUUGUGUCGUCCUCCGCGUAUAGCUAGGGUUUGCGACUGCAGGGCUCCUGGCCUCUCUCAAGCGCAGCCAUCAUGCCGAAACAAAUCCAUGAGAUCAAGGACUUCCUUCUCACAGCGAGGAGGAAGGAUGCGCGCUCCGUGAGGAUCAAGAGGAGCAAGGAUGCUGUCAAGUUCAAGGUUCGCUGCUCCAAGUAUCUCUACACACUGUGUGUUUACGACACUGAGAAGGCCAACAAGCUGAAGCAGUCUCUACCCCCUGGCUUGAGCGUGCAGGAGGUUUAAGCUUUCGAAAUAGUGACUACAGCACCUGUGCUGGUUGCUUCAAAUAUCUGCCAAUCUACCUUCAAUUUAGUUUCUGUAGGUGACCUCUGAGUGUUUUAAAUGAAUUGCUGGGAUUGAGACGAAAUAUGAUGGCUUGUGAGCCUACAUUUGAUGUUCCAAUGGACUCGUGUUCUUCUCUUUUCUCUUUUCAAAACAGUGCAUUUGUUA